UAUCAGGUGGUUUAAUUUGUUUUCGAAUGAUUCUAGCGUCACAUCAAACUAGUCACGUCAAACUCUCUGGCGAACUGGCAUGUAGCAGGGAUGAUUGAAACAGUCCGAAAGGUGAAGAAGUUCGGUUACCGACAUAACAGACCGCCGAAGUCAACCCGCGUUCAUCCACUACCCAGGGAUUAUUAUAUCAACGGAAUGGCCGCGGCCCGCGAAUGGGAGCGAUUCUAUUCCCAUUCGAAGGCGGCAAGCAGUGGAGCCAGUGGCAGCACCCACAGUUGUGCCUUGGGAUCAGUCCGGCCGCCAGGAUGUGCCUUCAUGGAACGUGAAUCGCGACCAGAAUCUGGCCACAGGCGUCGUACGAAGUGCAGCGAUCAUCCUCCCCGGGAACGAUCAGUCUCACCACCACCCAGUAAGCACACAAUCAGUCAGUUCCCAUCACCGAAAUCACAAGUAACUCAGGCAAAACCGGAUGAAUACACUAUAAUUCCUAUUGUAUUGGCCAGUAGCCCCAGUUUUCGUUCCGUAGCAGUCACCCAAACAAUGUCCCAAUCCGCGGAAGACAUACGCACACCUACCAAGUCGCCCCAGAUGCAAAACAAAAAAACGCAGACACCAGAGUCUGUCCUUAAGUCACACAAACGCCUGGAGUGGGAUCCUGCUGCCGAUGUGGGCUACUGCAAGAGGGCAAUGUCCAUGAGUAACAUCAGCACGCUGGAGCGAUCCAUCCUGGAGGAUUGCGGCUGGCGUCAGCCAACAGAGCAGCGACCCGAGGCGACUUUGGAUGGAGUGCAUCCCCAUGAAGCCGAGGAGUCUCUAAACUCUAGAAUGGAAAGUUCAGUGAGCUCCAAUAAAGGGGAUUCUAGGAAGAAGUGCAAACGUAAAUCCAGGAGACAGAAUUUCGAAGUUAGCUCUUGUCAGACAGACUCUCAUCAUCCGGAAAGGGAACAGCAAGGAAUUCAGAAACUCACGAGGGACCAAAGGAAAGCUAUACCGGCUCAGUUCGAGAAGAUUCGGGGCAAUAGGCUGCAUGUGAACAAAGGGAACCAGCAGCCCGAGAACCCUGUAGUAAAUCCCUCCACCGGCGUCACCGCCUCCACAUCAUCCACCUCGUUAGACAUUGGAUCCGGUAGUAGACCGCGAGGGGAACUGGAUCUAGGUAUCGAUUUGGUCUGUUCUUUGGUAAGAUCUCGCAGCCUCAGCCAGGGACAGAAGAAGAAACUCGUCCGGGAUAUAGCCAGGCGUAUCUCCUGUCUGGAACUGACCGAAUCCAGUACUAGUUUGCGUUCCCUGAGCAUCAGCAGCAAGGAGCAGUUGAAGGUGCCUACAGGUUCUCUGCAGCAAGUUGCGCCCACCAGUACGAACCAUUCCAGUUCGAAAGGCUCAUCCAAAGCUGAACGCAUUGCUCUACCAGUUCCCGCUCCACGAAAGCGAACGGUUAUCGGAACAUCUUCGCCACUGCCUGAAAGCUUAUCGUACAGUGGCUCAACCAGUGGCUCAGGCGAGGUGAUCACCCAGAAGACCAAUGUACCGACUCGCGCUGCCUCAACGGAUGCAGAUAUUGAGCCUUUGAACUUGAAGGAUUGGCUGAAUCCCAUGACCCUGAGUGAAAUAGAGUUCGAAGAGCGUUUGAAAGGAGGCAGGGAUUCGGAGCGAAGGAGACAGCUCCACUGGUUCAAAACAGAGGAAUAUCAUCUGCGAAAAGGAAUGGCAGCUGAAGCAGUUGAAGAGAUGGAAAUUUCGGGAACAGCAACAACACCUCCUCCCCCAGUGAGAAUUGAAUCGGUUGGAGCCAACUCUGAUCCUUCCGCACUGCAAGCACCGCCGCCGACACAACCACCACCACUACCUCCUGAAAAGAUGGCCACACCUUUACUUGUCUCGAGUAGCUCCACAAGUGGAGGCGCUCGCAGCGAAAGUGUCUGCUCCUUUGUCCAUUAUCAGACCGAGGAGCUGGAACAGUUUGUAUUGCUCCAGCAACAGAAACUUUACCAGCUGCAGAAGCAGCUGAACCAGCAAAAAGAUAUUUUAAUACAGAGGCAGCAACAUUGUGGUCAGUGUGCUCAAUGUGGUCACCAGCGGACUUGUGUUCAUCAGCAGCAUUGCCCGAAAUUUCAGAGGCGUCAACAGGAAGCACAGGAUCAGCAAGAUGAACGAGAGCAAUAUAUGCAGAUGCAGUACGCCCAGGCGGCGGGAAGUGCCUAUGCCACUCCACUCCAGAUUGGUAGCUCAGGCGCGGAUAAGAAUGAAGACAUAUACUACCAGGUCCUCAACUCUCAGGGAGUAGCAACUGCAACUAAUGGAGCAGGAGGCUCGGCCAUCACCACUCAUCAGUAUGAUGAUGUGGCAUGUCAGCGGGUGCGAAGGGGGCACAAGGAGACCAGGAUGAAUGCAGAGAGCAUGCGUCCGCGUGCCAUAUCCUAUGUCAUUCAGUUUACGCCGACGGGCAGCAGUGAGGUGCUUGGGGAAAUGCCCUCCCUGCAGGAUCAACUGCAGCUGGCUCGUCCCGAAUUCUGUGCCAAUGCCAAGCAGCGCAACGCCAUACUUAAUGAGAUGCAGAUGAUUCGCAAUGUUCGACGCCAGGAGCUGGACAAUGUUUUGAACCAGAGUCCCAGCAUGGAGGCGCUGAACAGGCAUCUGGAUCAGCUGCCUCCACCAGCCAUUUCUCGCGUAAGGUUAUUUACCACCAGGGAAAUGAAGGCGAUAACCUCCAAACGCUGCAAAAAUUUGCCGGAAGUGUUGGCCGCCCAAAGUCGCCAGCAGGAGGAGCGCAGACGUCGCUCCAAUCGUUUGAUGCGCGAUGUCUUCAACAAGAGCCUCAAGAGUCGCGUGGCCAGCGGGAAGAUAUCGCUGAAUCACAGCGUGGCAAUCAUCUAGAGAAGAUCGAAUAAGGAUUUCCCCACUGCCGAAAUGACACCUACAAGUUAUAGUUGUUCAUUAUUAUGCUUUUGCCACUGCUAGGCUUUGUAUUUUUCUAUUUUUUU